AUGAAUGAUUCCGACCAUCAACGUCCUUACGGUGAUGAACACAACAACCAUACAAUCUUGAAGGACAACAAUAGUACACAUCAGCAACAGAUAGGACAUGAACAACACAUGAAAGAUUUUGGCAUGUCCAAAAACAAUAACGAAACUGUUUCAACUUCAUCCUCGUCCUCUACUGCUUUCACGAAUGAACAUGCCAACAUGCAUCCUCAGGAAGAGGAAUCUGCCGUCAUGUACAUGGAUGGCCUCACUCUUCGUAAUGUAUGCUACAAAAAGAAGGACAAGAUGAUUUUAUCGGAUAUUAGCUGCACCUUUCCACAGGGUCAAAUGACUUGUAUUAUUGGUAGUUCAGGUUCUGGUAAAUCCAGUUUGUUAGAUCUCAUUUCUCGUCGUGUGAACAACUCGAAAGAAUGUUUUGGUGAAGUUGAGUUUAAAGGAAGACCCAUGACCAAGAAACUCUUUCAAAAAGAGGGAGGUUAUGUUUUUCAAGAUGACGUUUUACUUGCGACAGAUACCAUUCAUGAGACUCUUUUGGAGGCCUCUCUUCUCAAAUCAAAACUGUCAAAGAAUCAAAGCUUGAUACAAUUAUUGAAAGAAAGAAGUGACAGAACUUUUGAAAUUGAAAAUCAAAUGGGUCUUUAUUCUUGCAGAAAGGUGAAAAUUGGAAAUGGUGAAAAGAAAGGUGCAAGUGGUGGUCAAAAGAGAAGAGUCAGUAUUGCCAUUCAACUCAUUAACAAUCCAGAUUUAUUGCUAUUGGACGAAUAUUCAAGUGGCUUGGACUCAUUCACUGCUUUUCAAAUCGGUAAAACUCUGUCAGCGAUGGCUCGUGAUCAAAAGAAAACCAUUCUGGCCACUCUUCACCAACCUUCCUCUUCACUGUUUGCUUUAUUCGACAAUGUCAUGCUCCUCUCCAAAGGAAGGUUGAUUUAUUUUGGACCCAUCUCUGAAAUUAAGAGUUACUUUUCGAAAAUUGGAUAUUCAGUGCCACAAGACACCAACUUGGCUGACUGGUUGAUUAACACAGUGUCUAAUCCGUUCUUGCAACAACAACCCAUCGAAAAGUCGUUAUUUGUUGACUUGAAACCUGAAUUACAAAAACCUCAACAACCUCUUGCAUUAUUGGAACAAUCAGAAUCUCAACUCUCCAUUUCCGUCGAGGGAAAUCUGGGCGGUGACGAACAAAUAGCUGGUGCCAAUAAUGGUGACACCAUUCUCACCACAGAAAAGAAGAAGGAGAAGCUCGAAAAUGAAAUGGCAGUCUUGCAAAACAGAGUGGACUGGAUGGCUGAGGUGUAUAAGGUAAUUCAGAAUGCCAGAAUGACGAAAUUUUUGAGUCAAAAUAAUUUAUCAACGGAAAAAUUAGAGGUUCAAGACGAUUCCUCUCCAACACAUCCUCAGAAAUUGCAACCACUAACAUCAUCUCAACAACAAUUAGAUGAGUCAUUAUUCUCUCGUAUCCUGAUUGAACUUGUGAAAUACUUGGUAUUGGUAUGGCGUCAUUUGAGAACAACGGUACGAGAUCCUCUCAUUCUAAUUUCUGAACUGUUUCAAACCAUCUUUCUUGGACUUUUUACUGGUUUACUCUAUUUUAGACUUCCCUUGGAUCAACAAAGUAUUACGGAUAGAAUUUCUGCAUUAUUCUUUGUGGUUGCAUGUGCCGCAUAUGCACCCUCAGCAUCUGUUGUGGCCACAUUCCCUCAACAACGAGCAUUGAUGUCACGAGAACGAGAAGGAAAUUUAUAUGGAACUUUUACUUACUAUGCUGCCUAUACUACCGUUCACACACCAGUAGAGGCUAUAUUUCCAUGUGUCAUGUUAAUUUGCACGUAUUGGCUUGUUGGUUUCCAAAAUCGACCUGAAAACUUUUUCAUUCUUUUGGGCAUUUUAAUCAUUGUUCAGUGGCUUAGCGAAAGUUUGGGUCUCUUAGUUGGAGCUCUUGUGAAAACUGUUGAUGUUGGAAAUUUAGCUUUAUCUGUUCUCAUGACAAUAUGGAUGUGCUUUGGAGGCUAUUUAAUUCGUAAUAGUCAGAUAGGAUGGUGGUUUUAUCCCUUCUCAUAUACGUCACUUUUUAGAUAUUCCAUUCAUGCAAUGGCACAGAAUGAAUUUAAUCAAUUGAAUUUCAAAUGUGCUGCCGUUUCAAAAGCACUACAAUCUGUGAAUAUUUCAGACUUGUGCUCUUUCCGAAAUGACAGCUCUAUAUUAUUGCCAAAUUCAACAGAUUAUCUUCCAUUGCAGCCAUACACGACUGAAAUUUGCUCUGGAAUGAAUUGGAAUGAUACAAUUACCACAUUGUCGUCAUUUGGAUGUUUGCAAAAUGGAGAACAAGCAUUGGCCUAUGUAUUUCAAGAUAGCAAAAUUCCAAUAUGGGGCAAUGUUCUCAUUUUGUUUGGAAUGUUUGUGUUUUUGAGAAUUUGUAUUUACUUGGCUCUUAGAUUUAGACGAUUUGGCAAGAAGUAG